AACUCAACCAUCUCCUAUCUGAAAAACUCCGAAACCAAUCAAACAAGGGACACAAAGAGUGCAAGAUUGAAAGACAGUGGUCACAAUAGACAAAGGGUGUUUCUGUCACUUUGCUUCGCUCUUGUCCAAACUCCGAUAUUGCCAUCAACCAACCAACCAACCUCAUAAUGCAGUGAUGAAAAUGCAACGCAAUCUUCUUUGCAUUCUUUGAAGUUUGAAGCCGUUUCUAUCUCUCUCUCACAAUGGAAACUCAUCACGGAGGCCAGUGGAAUAAAGCGUUUUUGCCCCUACUCUUAUUACUCUCCGUGUUCUCCACCGUCGGAUCAUCAUCAUCGGCCAUACGUUUCAGAUUGGCACCUCUGGCACGAGGUGCCGCGGAGAGGCAGGUUCCCAUGCAAGCGGGUGCACCCUUCAAGAUUGCGCUGUUCGCCGACCUGCACUUUGGGGAGGACGCGUGGACGGACUGGGGCCCACGACAAGACUUAAACUCCAUCAGGGUCAUGAGUACGGUGCUCCACAAUGAAAAUCCAGAUUUUGUAAUAUAUCUUGGUGAUGUCAUCACGGCUAACAAUAUAAUGAUUGCAAAUGCAAGCUUGUAUUGGGAUCAGGCAACCGCCCCAGCAAGAAAUAGAGGCAUACCAUGGGCCAGUGUAUUUGGAAACCAUGAUGAUGCUGCAUUUGAGUGGCCAUUGAAGUGGUUCUCUGCUCCUGGAAUCCCUCCAAUUCACUGCCCUCAAAACACAACUUCAUAUUCAGGAGAAGAAGAAUGUAGCUUCAAAGGAACAGGACGUUUGAAUCUGAUGACAAAUGAGAUCAAGCACAAUGGAUCAUUUUCUAGCUAUGGCCCUAGAAAUCUUUGGCCAAGUGUAUCCAAUUAUGUCCUUCAAGUUUCAUCACCAAAUGAUCCACAAACACCAGUGGCUUUCCUUUACUUCCUUGAUUCUGGAGGCGGUUCCUAUCCGGAAGUCAUAUCUAGUGGCCAGGUAGAAUGGUUUCGGCAGAAAGCUGAAGAAGUUAACCCUGACUCAAGGGUUCCCGAGAUUAUUUUCUGGCACAUUCCAAGUACAGCUUAUAAGGUGGUGGCCCCCAAGUUUGGCAUACCAAAGCCUUGCGUAGGAUCAAUCAACAAGGAAACUGUUGCUGCUCAAGAAGUUGAAACGGGUAUGAUGGACCUUCUUGUGAACAGAACUUCUGUCAAGGCAAUUUUUGUUGGACACAACCAUGGAUUGGACUGGUGCUGCCCUUACGAGAAACUAUGGUUAUGCUAUGCUAGGCACACUGGUUAUGGUGGCUAUGGAGAUUGGCCUAGAGGAGCACGAAUUUUAGAGAUCACUCAGACACCCUUUUCCCUUCAAUCUUGGAUAAGGAUGGAGGAUGGCAAUGUGCACAGCGAAGUUGUCUUGAGUUGAAAGUCUUUGGGUGUGCUUAACUUUUUAGUUUUCAAGAUAUAAUUAAACAAGGUUUGCUCAUACAACUGGUAAAGGGUGAAACAAGACAUGGAGCAUAGUGUGAAAUCGAAGGGAGGCUAAAUAAACAGAAAACAAAAAGAUGAGAAAACAUGUCCUAGUUGUUUCUGUUUAGUUUUUAAAACAAUUUUCCAAACUUGAUAAGUUUUUUAAUGAAACAAUAAUAUAUGUACAUGUGAAUUCUUUAUAGUUUCCAAAAAUAUUAUCCAUUUUUCUUUG